GGUCAUAGCACCUUCCUGAGAGCCACAGCUCUUUUUCUCAUCUUGAAGAUAAUUCUAGAAAGCUCAUAAAAUGUGUGAUGCUUUUGUUGGUACCUGGAAACUUAGCUCCAGUGAAAACUUUGAUGAUUACAUGAAAGAAGUGGGAGUGGGCUUUGCCACCAGGAAAGUGGCUGGCAUGGCCAAACCCAACAUGAUCAUCAGUGUGAAUGGGGAUGUGAUCACCAUUAAAUCAGAAAGCACCUUUAAAAAUACUGAGAUUUCCUUCAAACUGGGCCAGGAAUUUGAUGAAGUUACUGCAGAUGACAGAAAAGUCAAGAGCAUCAUAACGUUAGAUGGAGGAGUCCUGGUACAGGUGCAGAAGUGGGAUGGAAAAUCAACCACCAUAAAGAGAAAACGAGUGGAUGACAAACUGGUGGUGGAAUGUGUCAUGAAAGGCGUCACUUCUACCAGAAUUUAUGAGAGAGCAUAAGUCAAGGGACAUGGAGCUGAAGUUUGCAUCGAACUUCUGUUGGAUAUAUUGUCCAAACAUGUAUUGUUCUUUCCUACUAAUUAGCAAGCAACUAAUUUUCCCCAAACUGAUUUUUUUCAAUGUGGAUGUGUUCAUUAAAUAAAACUUUUUAGAUUUAGAAGGUGAUGUAACGAUUCAUUUAUUGUGCUGGAUCAUUUCUUACUCAUAAUUCAAUGAAGGAAAUAGGAAAAUUGUAUUUUUGCUUUGUUUCUCAUGUAAGUAAUAUGAUUUUUCAUGGUAAUCCCAGGUAAAAAAUAAAUAUUCAUGAAUUUUCCAUUGCCUUAGGUAGGAGAUGAUAAAUUUGUUAUCCCUGAAUACGUGUUCCUUAUGCAGCAUGUUUACAGUCAAGUAACUAUCUCUCAAGGACCUAAGGUAGUUUUAAGUGUAGUGAAGUGGCCCACAGCCAGCUGGGCCAAAUCCUGUCAUUUCACACCUACCUGUCCUAGGGCAUUGACAGAAAGAACAGCAAUACAUGUUGCAGAAUAAGAUUUCUAGAACAUAAAUUUUAAUCUGAAAAGUUAUUGGUAAACAAAGCUACCUCUGGAAUCUCAAAAAUUAAGUGCAAAUAAUCCCAUAAUGUUCAUUCCAGAAAAGAGAUGACAGUUCGUAAUGAGUAAUGAUGCAAAUGUUCUUAUAGUGGUUUCCAAAUUUUUCUUUUUUCUACUAGUGGAACUUUUUUAUUAAAUAAAAUAUUGAAUAUGUUCUGGA